AUGUCAUAUUUAGAUAUAAGAAAACUUGCAAAAUCUCAUGACAUUAAAGCAAAUGGCAAAAGAGAUGAAAUUGUAGAAAGAUUAGUCGAGUUUUUUGAAAAAGGUGAGGUUUCUAAUAAAAAAGAAGAAAAAGAAGUUUCUACUAAAUUUACUGGUAAAAGAACAACAAGAGAUGAAAGCGAUACUGAGGAAGAAAAAGAAGAAAAAGAAGUUAGCAAUAAAAAACAAAAAACUGAGAUAAAAAAAGAAAAAGUUGAAGAAAAAGAAGAAGAAGAAGAAGAUGAUAAUGAUACUGCCACUGCUUCAACAGCCUCUGCUUCUGCCACUACAACUACCAAAACUACUAAAUCAGCUUCUAAUGGUGCAGAUAAGUUAGUUGGUCCAUUUCCUCAAAAUGAUUACGAACUUAAGCAAUGGGUCAGAGAUGGUACAAUUACAUUUUAUGUUGGUGAAGAAAUUAAUAGAUCAAAAAUUGCAGGCUUUGAUAUGGAUAGCACAUUAAUAGAAACCAAAUCAGGUAGAGUUUUUGCAACAGACUGUAAUGAUUGGGUAUGGUGGGACCCAAGUGUACCAAAUAAUUUAAGAAAAUUAUAUAAAGAUGGCUACCAAGUUAUUAUAAUUACCAACCAAGGUGGUAUCGGUGGAGGAUCCAAAUUUGACCAAUCUAAAUAUAAUAGCAUCACCAAAAAGAUUUGCAUCUUGGAAAAAGAAUUGGGUUUCCCACUCGUUGCUAUUGCUGCAUGUGCCGAUGAUGCAAAUAGAAAACCAAGCAAUAAAAUGUGGUUAAAGCUUCGUGAGCUUACAGAUGGUAAGGUUAUAAUCAAUGAAAGCGAAUCAUUCUACUGCGGUGAUGCUGCUGGUCGUCCCACAGGUUGGAAAGCUGGUAAAAAAGAAGAUUUCAGUAGUAGUGAUUUUGGUUUUGCUUUAUCUUCAGGUAUUCGUUUCGAAACUCCAGAGACUCAUUUCCUUGGUGAGGAACAUUUCAAGAGCGCUAGUGGUGGUGACGCCAUUUCAGAUUUAAUUCCAAAAGCAGAAACUACUGGUGUUCCAUUCGAUGUUAAAUCAAUUACUUCAGACGACUUUGAAAUUGUAAUCUCUGUUGGCUUCCCAGCUUCCGGUAAAUCAACAUUCGCUAAAAAGUAUUUUGGUCCUGCCAAUUAUGUUAUAAUCAAUCAAGAUACUUUGAAAACAAAAGACAAAUGUAUUAAAGCUGCAAAAGAAGCUCUUUCACAGGGUAAAUCAUGUAUUAUAGAUAACACAAAUUACGAUAUUAAUACACGUGCAGAAUAUUUAUCAUUAGCAAAACAAUACAAAGCCAAAGCAAGAUGUCUUCGUUUUACAACUCCACGUGAUUUAGCAGAGCAUCUCAAUUAUUAUCGUGAAAGAACUCAAAAUAUUGCACAUAUUCCAGGUAUAGGAUACAAUAUUUUUGCUAAAAAUUUAACUGAACCAACAACAAAAGAAGGAUUUGUAUCAGUCACACCAAUUAAAUUCAUUUUAGAUUUGAAGGAAAGUGAUAAACCAAUGUACUAUAUUCCAAAUCCAAAAGCU